CUUACUGUUGAUAAAAUCUAAUCACUGAUCAAGUGCAAGUCAUUGACAGUCCUCUUAGACUGCUGCAACGACCACCAAUUAAGCACAACAUGAAAUGCCAAAUUUUGUAUAGUUAAACAGCACUACAGCACAUCUCUAAUGUAAAAAAAAAUAAAAAAAAAUAAAGAAAGGAAAUCAGUCCAUCAGAAAUCCCUCUUUUCCUCUUCUUUCUCCUCCCUCCUUCUGCCUUCUGGCCUAGUAGCUCUGGAACAGCUCGUUCUUCUUUCUUCUUCUUAUCUUCCUUUCUUCUUUUCCUCUUCCGUCUCCGCGUAUCGCCGUCGUUUGCUGAGCCUAGGUCACUGUUGAUCUGGAAGUUGAGGUCCAAAAUCGAUCAUAAAACCAACAGAUCUCAUGCGAACCAACAUGAAACAGCCACCGAAACCAGAUCUGGAGGCAGCCACCAAAAUCCACCAAGAGUCAUUACAGAUUGGUCCCCUUGCUUAAAUGGAAACUUCUGUUUCUAGAUUUAUUUUGUGUCAUUGAUUUUUUUUAUUGGUGGAAAUUUUUAUUUUGUGUCAUUGAUGCCCAUAAAGAAACGCGUCUCUGGCACCUAUCGUUGCCCACCAUAUCAACGCACCAUUUCAAAUCAUCCACUGUAUAUUAUGACGAUAGAAAGCAGUAAAUAAAGAUAAAUCUUUUUCGAUGUUAAGUGCAUAAUAAAAUGAACUAAAGAAG